AUGGAUGAAAUCCUCGAGCUUGUCAGACUGAUCGGUCAACAACAAGGCCAAAACACGUACUACCGCUCGUGCUACUUUUUCGUGAAGGAUCUGCAGGAUCUGAUUCCGCACAUACUCCACAGGCUGAACAACCUACACAGGGGACAGUGUGUACCAGGUCAGGGCGUGGACACAGCCAUAGCAAUUGCGACUGACCUGCGUGCCGCUGUCGACUCGCUCAAGAUGAGAAAGUACAAGAGUACCUUAAGGUGGAAGGAGUUUCUCUAG